AUGGCGGCAUUCGGUGGACAGACUCCAACGAUUAUUGUUCUCAAAGAGGGCACCGAUACUUCACAAGGCAAAGGCCAAAUCAUUUCCAACAUCAAUGCCUGUCUGGCAGUCCAAAACACGAUCAAAUCCACCCUCGGACCUUAUGGUGGUGAUCUGCUCCUCGUCGACUCGAAUGGCAAGCAAACUAUCACCAAUGAUGGCGCUACGGUCAUGAAACUACUCGACAUUGUCCACCCUGCCGCGAAGAUCCUGACAGACAUUGCACGGUCACAAGACGCUGAGGUGGGCGAUGGCACAACAUCGGUGGUCGUACUGGCGGGCGAGAUCUUGAAGGAAAUCAAAGACCAAGUCGAGCAGGGUGUGAGUACGCAGACGAUCAUUAAAGGUCUGAGGCGGGCCUCUGCCAUGGCGAUCAAUAAGAUUAAAGAGAUUGCUGUGAGUACGAAUGAUGGGAAUAAGAGAGAGACGCUGCGCAAGUUGGCGGCUACGGCGAUGAGCAGUAAGCUCAUUCAUCGCAAUGCCGACUUCUUUACCAAGAUGGUUGUCGAUGCGGUCCUCUCCCUCGACCAGGACGACCUCAAUGAGAACCUCAUCGGCAUCAAGAAAAUCACCGGCGGCGCACUGGAAGAUUCCCUUUUUGUCGACGGCGUCGCGUUCAAAAAGACUUUCUCCUAUGCCGGCUUUGAACAACAGCCCAAAUCCUUCAAGAACCCUCAGAUUGUUUGUCUGAACGUCGAACUCGAGUUGAAGGCCGAAAAGGACAACGCCGAGGUCCGCGUCGACCAGGUCUCAGAGUACCAAGCUAUUGUCGACGCUGAGUGGCAGAUAAUAUACAAUAAGAUGGAGGCACUGUACAAAACCGGCGCGAAAGUCGUGCUGAGUCGCUUACCGAUUGGAGAUUUGGCGACGCAGUAUUUCGCCGAUCGAGACAUUUUCUGUGCGGGCCGCGUUGCUGCUGAAGACCUUGAACGAGUCUGCCAGGCUACGGGCGCCACGACGCAGAGCACCUGCAGCGACAUCCUCCCAUCACACCUGGGAACCUGUGGCUCGUUCGAAGAGCGCCAAAUCGGCGGUGAGCGAUACAACCUGUUCAGCGAUUGUCCAGAAGCAAAAACCUGCACGCUCAUCCUCCGGGGUGGCGCAGAGCAGUUCAUCGCCGAAGCUGAACGCAGUUUACACGACGCGAUCAUGAUUGUGAAACGAACACUGCGAAACCACACCAUCGUCGCCGGCGGUGGGGCCACGGAGAUGGAAGUUUCGGGGUACCUGCACCAAUUUGCGGACAAGAAUGUACCACACAAGCAGCAAGCCGUUGUCAAGGCGUUCGCGAAGGCUCUUGAGAUCAUCCCGCGGCAGCUGUGCGACAAUGCCGGCUUCGACGCCACGGACAUACUCAACCGCCUGCGCGUCGAGCACCGCAAGGGCAACACCUGGGCUGGCGUCGACUUCGACCACGAGGGCGUUCGGAAUAACUUGGACGCUUUUGUCUGGGAACCCGCACUCGUCAAAGUCAACGCCAUUAGUGCAGCGGUGGAAGCGGCUUGUUUGAUUCUCAGUGUCGACGAGACGAUUAAGAAUGAGGAAAGUCAGGCUCCACAGGCCCCGGCGAGGGGUUUGCCACCUGGGGCGGCGCAGAGAGCAUUGAGAGGACGAGGAAGAGGGAUGCCCAGACGAUGA